AACCUUGGACUGACGAUAAAAAUUCAACCUAGUUUUUGUUGAAUUUAUCUACCUUUCGAAUGUCGGCGAUGAUAAAUAACCACAAUGGGGCAGCAGAAGGACCAAGCAGGCAUCAUCCACUGAGGUUUGGAGGUCUGCAACAUAGCGAUUCGAUGGAUUUGGAGGAUAGUUGUCGUGAGCUUGUUGUGGUUCAUCAGCGACCGAUGCGAUGGGGUCCCGAUGCAUUGAAAGACAACAGGAAUAACAAGGGGACAGCGUUUAGUCUACGGGAGCGUCAAUCCCUCGGUAUUCAUGGCCUCCUCCCACCGGUUGUCAGUACACCAGAGAUCCAAGAGCAGAGAGCGUUGCGCAACAUACGAGGGCAGUCUAAUGAUCUGGAUCGCUUCAUACAGUUGAUGGAUCUACAGGAUCGUAAUGAGAAGCUAUUCUACCGAGUCAUCUGUAAUAACUUAGAGGAAAUGAUGCCGAUAGUCUACACACCUACCGUUGGUCUUGCCUGCCAGCGCUAUGGCCUCAUCUAUCGUAGACCUCGGGGGUUGUUCAUCACAAAACAUGACAAGGGGCAUGUCGCUGAUAUACUUGCAGCGUGGCCAGAGCAGAAUGUAAAGGCAAUCGUCGUAACCGAUGGAGAAAGGAUUCUUGGACUCGGUGACCUAGGUAGCUAUGGUAUGGGGAUACCAGUAGGUAAACUAGCACUCUAUACAGCCAUAGCUGGUGUACAGCCAUCGCAGUGCUUACCCAUUAUGGUGGAUGUGGGUACCAACAAUCAGACUCUGCUGGAUGAUCCACUCUACCUAGGUCUGAGAGAGAAACGAGAUAACUCCGCUUUGUACGACCAGUUGAUUGAUGAGCUUAUGCAAGCUGCUGUCGCAAGAUAUGGCCAGAAUUGCCUGAUUCAGUUUGAGGACUUUGGGAACCACAACGCCUUCCGAUUCCUAGAGAAGUAUCGUGAUAAAUAUUGCACCUUCAACGAUGACAUCCAGGGAACCGCGUCCGUUGCCGUGGCGGGAAUCCUAGCUAGUCUUAAGAUCACCGGGAAGAAACUUAAGGAGAAUACGUUCCUCUUCCAAGGAGCUGGAGAGGCUUCUCUCGGAAUAGCCAAGCUUCUUGUGGCAGCCAUGGAAGCUGAGGGGUCAAUGACCUCAGAGGCCAGGAAACGGAUCUGGCUCAUAGACUCCAAAGGACUCAUUUGCAAGGGUCGUCCCUCUGGAGGAAUCACACACCAUAAGGAACCAUUUGCCCACGAGCACCAACCGAUGGAUAACCUGGGACAGAUUGUACAGGACAUCAAACCAACGACUCUGAUUGGUGCUGCAGCAAUCGCCGGCGUCUUCACCCAACAGAUUAUUGAAGACAUGGCGUCAUUUAAUGAGCACCCUGUCAUCUUUGCCCUGAGUAACCCAACGAGUAAAGCCGAGUGCACUGCAGAGCAGGCAUACAAGUACACAAAGGGUAAGUGUGUAUUUGCGAGUGGGAGUCCCUUCCCUGCCUACAAACUACCUGAUGGUAGGGUACUUCACCCCGGACAGGGUAACAACUCCUAUAUAUUUCCGGGCGUGGCACUGGGUGUGGUCCUGUUUGGGGUGCGGCACAUCAGUGAUGACAUGUUUCUACAGGCAGCUAAGUGUCUUGCGAGCCUUGUGACCUCGGAGCACCUUAAAGACGGGCGUGUCUACCCUCCCCUCCAACAGGUGCGUGACGUAUCCCUCAAGCUUGCCACUAAGAUAGCCGAGUACGCCUACGAGGCCAACGUGGCGUCACGCUACCCGCAACCCAACAACAUUCAAGAGUUUGUCCGUAGUCGUAUGUAUGACUUUACGUAUGAUUCAUUUGAGCCGCUGUUCUACGAUUGGCCAAAAGCGAAGUAGAGAUAUAUUGGCGCAUUGCCAACUUGACCUUGUUGUUAAAAAGUGUGGUCAGUUAUAUUGUGUGUUUCGUAUCUAUGCAUGAAAGUGCUUCACCGAACGAAUAAUGGCAACAGUUUUUAUAAAGUUAUUGAAAAACAUCAUUCCUCAUGGAGAGAUAUAUUUUUCAAUAAACCGUAAAAAAACGCAAAAUGACCUUAAGUGCAGCUGCCAAUUAUCAACUUGAACCAAUCAAAACACAGCUAUGCAAAGCUUGCGUCACUGCAACGGUUAUGCAAUGAAAUAAUUGUACUAUUUAAAUCACUGGUUCUGUAAAAUCAAUACUUAUCUUUAUCCUAUAAAGACAGGGGACCAGUCUAAAUUGAGCACAGCAUUCUCUGUGUUCUAUUUCUGUAGUGCUGUGU